AAGCCUCUCCUUGCUCUUACCUGGCUUCUUGACUUGCUCUCGACGAACUUACUGCCAGCCACCUCCCCGACAUUCUUUCAAUCGCUUUCUUAAUUUGUCCUCUUUGAUUUCUCCCUAGUUACGAUCAUGUUUUCCAAGUACUUGACGCCGGCCGUCCUUUCUUUACUGCUUACCUUACAUCUGGUGUCUGCGACACCUUAUAUCCAACGUCGGGCUGCUGUGUGCAAUGGCCAUGCCGAGCUUUGUGACAGGAGCUACGGAAACGUUACAUUUGUCGGUGCCCACAACUCAUACGCUGUAGGAAUAAAUAAUCUGGCCACGAACCAGGACUACGAUAUCACACAGCAACUACAAGAUGGUGUUCGCAUGCUCCAGAUGCAGGCACAUAACCAAAAUGGGGUCAUCCAGUUAUGUCAUACUGCUUGCGGUCUCUACAACGGCGGAACCUUGGAAGAUUUCCUUGGCAAAGUCAAGACUUUCAUGGAUGCAAACCCAAAUGAAGUCGUCUCUCUACUGGUUGUUAAUUCCGAUAACUUGCCUCCAAGCCAAUAUGAUGAUGUGUUCAGGGCCGCAGGCGUUGAUACCCUCUCCUAUGCGCCUGCGACUGCUACCCUAACACAAGGCGAAUGGCCGACCCUCGGGUCUAUGAUUGACUCAGGGAAACGUCUUGUGACUUUCCUGUCGACCACUGCCGACUUCAACAGCGUACCAUACCUCAUUGACGAAUUCACGAAUGUUUGGGAAACCGCAUUCGAUGUUACGGACCCUGCAUCAUUUGACUGUACAGUCAACCGAACAAAGGGCGAUUCGGAGACGCAACUAUACCUCAUCAACCAUUUCCUUGACCAACUCAUCGGCGGAUUUCCAGGAUUACCGGCGCCAUUCAAGGAACAAGCCAAUGUCACGAACUCUGCUUCUGGUCCCGGAUCCCUUGGCGAGCAAGUGAACACUUGUGUGAACGACCACGGACGCAACCCUAACUUCUUGCUAGUCGACUUCUACGAGUUCGGCGGUGGUUCAGUCUUCCAAGUCGCUGCUACUGCUAAUGGAGUAGACUACAACCCGUCGACGCCCAUUGCUACUCCUAUUGAUGAGAACGCAAGUUCGAGUUCUGGAAGUUCAAGUGCUUCGCUCGACUUCCGGAUAGCACGGAAUCAAUUGUACGCUUCAAUGGCGGCAGUUGCUGGUGUUAUGUUUGGCUUGGACUGCUACGGACCUUUCUAAUUGACACUGUGACUUCGCUGUGACAUACACUAGUUAUGCGUGACUACAUCCGCAUCAUCAUUUCGCGAGUUGGAAGUGUUUGAACGCUAUCCUGUUGCAUUCACCUUAUUGAACUCGCUAAAUGAGUUUUCAACAUUUCA